ACUGCAGGAUCCUGUAUAAAAGAAGGAGAUGACGUUUUUGCCACUUUUACAGCGUCUGCAUGAUGAAAAUAUGCACAAUGAAUGAAUACCUGCAUUGGCAAAAAUAAAUAAAAUUGUUUCCAGUCAAAAUACCUUAAAAUAUCAGUACUGAAAUAUCAAGAUGCAUUUUUAACAUAAUAACAUUUACUUCGUUUAGGUAGCUAGUUUUGUGUUUAAUUUUUUCCUGAACAGAACAGACAUUUAUUUUGAAGGUAUUUGCCUAAAUAAUAUAAACUCUAUAAAAUAUUAACGUUGCUGUCUUCACACUGUGACUAGGUGGAUGUAGGCCUGUAUAGUGUUCCUUCAUGGCGCUUCAUUGGGUAGCAAAACAUUUUAUUAUCAUGCAGCCUUAAAAGUGCAAAUCAGAGAAGGUCGUGCUGCAUAGUCUACUAUUGCAAAUCUUCAUCUGCCAUUGGAUGCCCCACCCAAUUAUGUAAAUCUAUUGUAUGGACUACGGAUGUCAGGUUUUACAGGUUUUACAGCUUUCAAAGCAUGGGUACAUAAAGGAGCCUCUUUUAGGGCAUAGUGCAUUACCUCUUAUCUCCUGUGCGAGCUUUUGUGCGAUAGCUUUUUUCUCACAACUACAUUUUUACAUUUUCAGGUUUUUUAUCUCUAAACAUCUCAACAAAGCAGCAAGAAUGAGCUGUUCUGGACAUGAAGAUGCUAAAGUUGUAAUUGUAGGCUCGGGUUUCGCAGGGUUGGCCGCUGCAGCUACUUUGGUGAAGGCAGGAUUUGAAAAUGUCUUGGUUCUUGAGGCGAAGGAAAGAAUUGGAGGUCGAGUGCACACCACUAAACCCUUCACCGAGAGCAUCAUUGAAGUUGGAGCGAACUGGAUCCACGGACAGACAGGAAACCCCCUGUACAAGAUUGCAAAAGAAGAGAAUCUGCUAUCAAAGGGAACCUCAGCAUCCACUUCUGAAACCUCUGAUGAUUACUUUUUCAAAGAAGAUGGUAAGAAGGUACCCUCAAAGCUUGCAGAUCAGGUGUGUUCGCAGUUCACCACGCUCACCGAUAAAGCAUAUGAUGAUGAACUUGAGCCCAAGUACCAGAAACUAACUCUUGGUGCUUAUUUGGAUGAUGCCUUUGGUCAAUCUCCUCUAGGGGCGAAACAAGAUGGCCAGCAAGUUUUUGAAUGGUGCAAGAGGAACGAAUGCACAGACGAGGCUUGCUCUAGUCUCUAUGAGAUGUCUGCAUCUGAGAUUAGCAAUUACACUACUUUGGAUGGAGACUUUUAUACCACUUUGGGACCCGGUGGCUAUCGCGCAAUCUUAGAUGUCCUCAUGAGAGAUCUGCGUUCAGGAACCAUCCAGUGUAAUUCACCUGUCAAGAGCAUCCACUGGGAUUUGGUCAAAAAAGGACAUUGUGAAGACCAAAAGCAUCCUGUUCAGGUUGUUUGUGAAAAUGGAAAGAGCUUUGACGCAGACCAUGUGAUUGUCACCGUUUCUCUGGGGGUUCUCAAAGACAAAGCCUCAACCAUGUUUGAACCAUCCUUACCGCCAACAAAGCUGUCUGCGAUUAAGAAUCUCGGUUUUGGGAUAGUAGAUAAAAUUUUCUUGUUUUUUGAGAAGAAAUUCUGGCCAGAUGAUUGUGCCGGGGUGCAGAUGGUGUGGAAAGAGGGGCCAGAGAAUAAAGACGUUUAUAAGUCUCUGUCUAAUGGAGAUGCCUGGAAGAAGACGUGGUACAAGAAGAUCACUGGUUUUGAUGCAGAGGGCCGUCAUCCCACGGCUCUGUGUGGCUGGAUCACAGGUAGAGAAGCACUGUAUAUGGAGAAUCUUCCGGAUAGUGAAAUCAAAGAUACCUGUUUGAGGUUGCUCAGGUCUUUCACAGGCUGGUCAGUGCCAGAGGUCUCAAAGAUGCUGAUCUCCAGAUGGGGUUCUGACUCUCACGUCCAUGGAUCCUACACAUUUGUUCCUGAUGGUGUUGAUGGAGUAAAAGCACAGAAGGCAUUAGCAUCACCUCUUCCACCUAAAGAUGAAUCCCAAGGGAGGAUGGAUCUUCAGGUGUUGUUUGCUGGUGAAGCUACACAUGACAGCUUCUACACUACGACCCACGGAGCGUAUCUCUCAGGAGUCAGAGAAGCAAACCGACUCGUAAACUAUUACACUGAUUGAAGUCCCAAAGAAAACAACAUACACCUUGGUUCUGAAGGAUCAAAGAUUCUUAAAGGCAGCCUGUGUAUGUUUUCCUUCAAGCAAGCAACCAUACAUUGGUGUAGUGUUUUACUUUCUUUCUCUUAUAUUCAUUGAUUCAUGCUUUCUUUCUUUAUUCAUUUACAAUAAUUCGUCAUUUAAUCAUAUAAUCAUUUAUAAUAAUCAUUCAUAUAUCUACUUUAUUGAUUCUUUAAUUGAUUGGUCAUUAUAUUAUAAUUGUGUAGUCUUACAUUGCAGUCUUACACUUAGUCUAACUAUGUGUUUAAAGGGUGGUUGGUUUGAGAUAUAAAGAAAUGGAGUUUAUGGAAACUCAGGGUUUAUGGGAUGUUGUUUUGAUAUAAAAAUACUUGCCGGAUUAGUGCUGGUCAGACGAAGUCUGAGCAUUGAAACAUAUGCAACUAAGCCUAUUCAAUGAGCUCCUUUUCACUUCAUCUCCUGCUUCUGAUCUUCUCUGUCUUUUCCCACUGUCAACGUCUUGGCUGAUGACAGAAUAUUAAUAAACUUUUGGGUAUCAGACAAGACUUCCUGUUUUGGGUAGGCUAUUAAGACUGCUGACAGGUUGUUCUGUUACCAGACAGAACUGAUAUUUUCUUCCGAGGCUGGAUCUUAAUUGGCAUGGAGGCAUGAUCUAACAGUUUCAUAAAGAUAACAUUUUAUGAAUGUAUAAAAUUGCAUGGACUGACCCUCACACAGGGUCAUCGCCAAAAAAUCCUAUUUGGCAUGGAUAUAGAUGUUCCCCUAGUGGCUUUAAGAAAAGAGCUAGAGCAGUGAAAAUGACCGUUUUCAUUAUCAGGGCCAUCCUUAAUUUCCAUCAAUAAUUAAGAAUUUCCAAUCAACGUAAAAUGAUACAAAACUGUCUGGUAGAGAUGCGUGUCUAAAUCGCCCUAAUGCAUGGUGAGAAAGAGAGUUUGAGUGGAUAAAAACUCUAUAAGGACCACAGCUGGAGAAUUGCAGAAAACAAUUGAGUCUCGGGGGCAGAAAACCUUAAAAAUAACUGUCAAACAGCACCUAUGUCAUGACAUAAA